GGAGAAAUAAGAUGUCUGAAUAUAUUCGGGUAACGGAAGAUGAGAAUGACAAGCCCAUUGAGAUACCGUCUGAAGACGACGGGACAGUGCUACUGUCCACGGUUACAGCCCAGUUUCCAAGGGCCUGCGGGCUGCGCCAUAGGAAUCCAGUGUCUCAGUGUAUGAGAGGUGUCCGGCUGGUGGAGGGAAUUCUGCACGCCCCGGAUGCUGGCCGGGGAAAUCUGGUAUACGUUGUCAACUAUCCCAAAGAUAACAAAAGGAAAAUGGAUGAGACGCUUGCUUCAUCAGCAGUGAAAGUGAAAAGAGCGGUCCAGAAAACAUCUGAUUUAAUAGUGCUGGGUCUCCCGUGGAAAACAACUGAGCAGGACCUAAAGGACUAUUUUAGUACCUUCGGAGAAGUUCUUAUGGUGCAGAUCAAGAAAGAUACUAAAACUGGUCACUCAAAAGGGUUCGGCUUUGUUCGUUUUACGGAAUACGAAACCCAGGUGAAAGUAAUGUCACAGCGACAUAUGAUAGAUGGACGGUGGUGUGACUGUAAGCUUCCUAAUUCCAAGCAAAGCCCAGAUGAGCCUUUGAGAAGCAGAAGUGUUGGGCGUUGUACAGAGGACAUGACUGCUGAAGAGCUGCAGCAGUUCUUCUGUCAAUACGGAGAAGUGGUGGAUGUCUUCAUUCCAAAACCAUUCAGGGCUUUUGCCUUUGUUACAUUUGCAGAUGAUCAGGUUGCCCAAUCUCUUUGUGGAGAGGACUUGAUCAUUAAAGGAAUCAGCGUGCAUACAUCCAAUGCCGAACCUAAGCACAAUAGCAAUAGACAGUUAGAAAGAAGUAGAAGAUUUGGUGGUAAUCCAGGUGGCUUUGGGAAUCAGGGUGGGUUUGGUAACAGUAGAGGGGGUGGAGCUGGCUUGGGAAAUAAUCAGGGUAGUAAUAUGGGUGGAGGGAUGAACUUCGGUGCUUUCAGCAUUAAUCCAGCAAUGAUGGCUACAGCCCAGGCAGCACUGCAGAGCAGUUAGGGUAUGAUGGGCAUGUUAGCCAGUCAGCGGAACCAGUCAGGCCCGUCAGGUAAUAACCAAAGCCAGGGGAACAUGCAGAGAGAGCCAAAUCAAGCUUUUGGUUCUGGAAAUAACUCUUACAGUGGUUCUAACUCUGGUGCUGCAAUUGGCUGGGGCUCUGCAUCGAAUGCGGGGUCAGGUAGUGGUUUCAAUGGAGGCUUUGGCUCGAGCAUGGAUUCUAAAUCUUCCGGCUGGGGGAUGUAAGGGUGGGCUAGGGUUGGUUGGUGUGGGAUGGUGGGAAUUCAAAUUUUUCUAAACUCACGGUAAGUAUAUUGUAAAAUAACAUGUACUGAGAAUUUUCAGAAUUGGUUUGUUCAGUGUGAAGUAUAUUCAGCAGUAUUUUUG